CGAUUCUUUAGGAUUGGAAAUCAAAAUCACAGCUGUUACGAAGGGCCUAAUCCAAGGCACUAGGGUGCCACCUACGCGCUGAUGCCCCGAAUGCUCACAGUGCUUCCAGCUAACCAUGCUGCACCAACCCUGGCGCUGCCCCUGCUACUGUUACUGCUGGUGCUGUGGACCCCGCUCCCCAAUAGCGCGAGGCGGUCCACAGGCACUGAUUACUUGCGUCGAGGCUGGCUACGGUUACUAUCCGAGGGCGAGGGCUGUGCUCCCUGCCGGCCAGAAGAGUGCGCUGCGCCGCGGGGCUGCCUAGCAGGCCGGGUGCAGGAUGCGUGCGGCUGCUGCUGGGAAUGCGCCAACCUGGAGGGCCAGCUCUGCGAUCUGGACCCGAGCGCCAACUUCUACGGGCGCUGUGGCGAGCAGCUCGAGUGCCGGCUGGACGCGGGCGGUGACCUGAGCCGAGGAGAGGUGCCGGAGCCGCUGUGUGUCUGUCGCUCGCAGCGCCCACUCUGUGGUUCCGACGGCCGCACCUACGCGCAGAUCUGCCGCCUGCAGGAGGCCGCCCGCGCUCGGCCUGAUGCUAACCUCACUGUGGUGCAUCCAGGGCCCUGCGAAACGGAACCCCAGAUCGUGUCGCAGCCUCACAAUAUUUGGAAUGUGACUGGACAGGAUGUCAUCUUUGGCUGUGAGGUGUUUGCCUAUCCCAUGGCCUCCAUUGAGUGGAGGAAAGAUGGCUUGGACAUCCAGCUGCCAGGGGAUGACCCCCAUAUCUCUGUACAGUUUAGGGGUGGACCUCAGAAGUUUGAGGUGACCGGCUGGCUACAGAUUCAGGCUUUGCGUCCUAGUGAUGAGGGCACCUACCGCUGCCUUGCCCGCAAUGCCCUGGGCCAAGUCGAAGCCUCUGCUACCCUGACAGUGCUCACACUAGACCAGCUCAAUGCCACAGGAUUCUCCCAGCUGCAAUCGGUGAAGUUGGUUCCCGAGGAAGAGGCAGACAAUGAAGAGCUGGAGGAUUACUACUAGCCCCAGCUCUCUGAUCUGUGGACGUGGG